GUGCAGCCAAGAAGCCUAUGGCACUUCAUAUUGUGAAAAGAGCAGCUAGACUCGCUAAUCUGGGUGUCACCAACAUAUCUAUCCACUGGGUUCCUGGGCAUAGUAAGGUGCCUGGCAAUGAGUUGGCGGACAGAGUUGCAGGUUAUGCGAGUACAUACGGCUAUGGGCGCAACAAGGAACAGAUUGACCUCAGUGACGACGAUGCUGAAGAUGAAGAGAAGAACCGGUAAUGCACCAAGCCUCUCAGUCACUCGAAAUGGUUCGGCCAGCACGCAAGCAAAGGGAGAAGCAUGCGCAAGCAGCCAGUUGUUUGUUCGGGGGCUCAUGAUUACGAUGUGAUGCUGUCAUGCUCUUGAACAGGAUUUGAAUGUUGAAAUCACCUUUGAUAUUAUAUAUAUAUAUAUAUAUAUCUAUACCUUUGUAUGUACCUAGGUAUAUACAGGUGGAGUGCAUAGUAGGUAAGGGUACGUGGAUAAUCCGUGCGCCGCGCAUCCGUCCACAUGGCAUGGCACGUCUCCUCGGUCCCGGCUCACCGUGUCACAUCCCACCCAGCACUCAGCGAUCUCGCGUCUCAACCCAGAUGGGCCCGCCCAAAUGCAGCCAUCAAUUGCCAUAGAGCGCCAUGACGUAUUGGCCCAUCUCCUCGCCUUCCGUCUUUGCGGCCACCAAAGACACGCAGGCGGCCCGCGUCCACACAUCCCACGAUGGCUUGAGUGCACCCAACACCAGCGAACACCCCAACCCGGACGAGGCCAGCGAACAUGAUACCCCCGAUCGCAAUGCCGCGGACAAUCUCCAAGAGUCGGGCGUGCAGGCAAUGCAAGACACCCAGCGGCAGAUUGCCGAAGACGAUGUUUCGGGCGACAUCGUUGCCAUCAGGGUCACAAGAAGUGGAAGCAUGUUUGCAACCAUCACAAGGUCCACCCUGACCAUCUGGCAGACCAAGCCAACAGCCAUCUUGGCUUCCGUCCUUCGCUCCGACCAUUCCCUGAGGACAUAUGGAUCCAAUGUGAAUAUCCUUCUCCGUCCAGAUUCUCAGAUCUUCGUGGUGCAGACGGUAUUUGGCUUUCUCAUCACCUACUCGCUUGCUACAGACCCUACUUCCCGCGUCUACAAAGUACAGUUUGCGCAUUCGGCGGGCGGUCAUUCUAGGAGGAACAGCUCGAUGAGCGGGUUCAAAAUCCCGCGACAGCAAGACAAAAAUGCUGGUCCAGGCGAAGGCAGCGGAAUCAAAGAGCUCAGUCUACGCUUUCGUAUGGUCAUACGUGUCGAUGCUGGGAUUGCAAAAGCGCUAGCACUUGAUGAUGAGCUCGUUGUCGCUACGGAGAAACCCGCUGCUGUGCAAUGCAUUCGCUGGGCUCCUGACAGCAGCGGGAGCCAGACCAGCACAGAGCUUCUCAGUCGCAUGUCUUGGCUUGGCAAGAAGGCAACACUCGCCGACUUGACCCAUGAUCGUCCCAUGAAUCUUUCGACUUGGAUCACAGGGGACGGGAAUGCGUUUGCAGUGCAAAGGCUCCCGCCAACGGCUCACGGGGAUGGGAAACAGCAACCUAGCCUUUUCCGUGGCCACGGCUUUCACACCCCCAAGAAGGAGAGUGAAUAUGGCGUCAAAGCAGCAAUAAAUGCCAGAUUCUCAUUGCUUGCCGUGGGUUGCCAAGGUGGUGAGAUCUGUGUCUACACAGCCCGAGAUUAUACCGGCAAUAUCCCACUUUCCCACAAGGUGCAGCCAAAUACCACGGACCCAGGGAAGCUGAAUGCCCUAGUGUACUCUCCAGAUGGCUACUGUUUGUUCGCUGGGUAUGAGAAGGGAUGGGCUAUGUGGAGUGUAUACGGAAAGGCCGGGGCUACGAGCUUCAUGACAGAUAGACGGCUAUCAGAAACUAAUAGCGAGCACUGGUUAAUGGGAGUCAAGGAUGCUUUCUGGGUUGGAGGUGGCGCAGAACUUCUUCUUCUAGGCAUCGACGACAACCGUGUGUUCCUCCUCGAAAUGGCCCGUAGCGCAGUGACGGGCUGCUUCUCAUCGGCAAAUGUUUCGCGGUCAUUGAUGCAAACUAGUACUGGAUUCAUCAUUUAUCGUGGCUACGAGUUGCCUGAUUUGACGACAAUAUCAGUGGACGUAUCGCUAUGGCAUCAUGUACAGGUUCCCUCACACUAUCUGGUAGAUCAAUGGCCUAUCAGAAGCUCUGCCAUUUCAAACGAUGGACGAUACGUCGCGGUGGCUGGCAAGAGAGGGCUGGCUCACUACAGCGUGAACAGCGGACGUUGGAAGACUUUCGACGAUCCGUUCAUCGAAAACGAGUUUACUGUGCGCGGUGGAAUGUGCUGGUUCCAGCAUGUUUUGAUAGCUGCAGUUGAGUCACAGGACUCACACGAGAUUCGCAUAUACUCCCGCGAACUGACCCUGGACAAGGACCACAUCAUGCACAUCCAACAACUACCCUCACCAAUCGUAUUGAUUGCCUCGUCUGGAGAAGAUUCGCUCCUUGUGUAUACAUACGACAACAUAUUAUAUCACUAUGUGAUCAAUGUCACAAAUGCUACUGUGACGCUUGUGCAAGUCGGUCAAAUCGCGUUGCAUGGAAUAAUCCGCGCGCCGCCUCGCGUGCGUGCUCUGAGCUGGAUUUUGCCCGAAGACCAAAUUCACAGCGGUGACCCGUCACAGGAUGUGGCGACAGCCACGAUCCUAUUUCUCGUAGAUGGCAAGCUUGUCUUGCUACAACCAACAACGACGGAGGAUGGGGAGCUGAAAUAUGAAAUGCGUAUCAUUGCUCAGAAUGUCGAGACGUACGCUCUUAUGCGUGAUCACCCAGCUUUCGCUAUAGAAAUGCUUGAAGAUACUCAGCCACCCAGUCCAUCUGCGGAGUUGGCUCUGAACGGUUUGCACAGUCACGAUUUACGUGAUUCCUUAUGGUAUUUUGACGGAACUGACAUGCGCGUUUGGAUGGACAUGGCUGAUGUAUUGUCAACCGUUUCCAUUGAGCUUGGCAGAGAACUGCCUUCGCCCGUCAAAAUACCCACAGACUUCUAUCCCUUGAGUGCAUUGAUCAACAAAGCUAUAAUUUUUGGCAUAGAAUCCGAAUUGAUACAAAGAAGGGAUGUAAACUUUACUUACUCCCGCUUUGGUACGAGGACUCACUUAUUCCUACCUGCUUUAUUACGGCAACACCUUGCGCAAUACAAUCACCCAGGGGCCUUACAUCUGAGCCAUCAUUACCAGCACUUGCUAUAUUUCCCACAUGCCUUGGAAAUGCUGCUUCAUGAAGUCCUCGACGAAGAAGUCGACACAGACCCUACGCCCGAACAUGCACUUCUGCCGUCCGUGCUCUCCUUUCUAUCCUCGUUUCCGCAAUACCUCGAUAUUGUGGUGCAAUGUACGCGUAAAACGGAACUACGUUCAUGGCGCACGCUGUUUGCCAACCUUCCACCACCAGAGGAAUUAUUUGAGGAAUCCCUCGAGAAAGGCAGUCUAAAGACGGCUGGUGGGUACCUCCUCGUUCUACAUACUUUUGAGGAGCUCAGCGCAACCGGUGACCAGGUAGUCCGGCUGCUCCGACGCGCAAAAGAGGAGCAAGACUGGGAUCUGUGCAAGGAGCUUGCACGUUUUCUUAUGGCUUUGGACGAAACCGGGAGCACGUUGAGGCACACUUUGGAACUGGUCAAUUUAAAGGCGCCGGCGGCAAUGGAGGAACAAGCACCUGGGGCGUUCACCUUUGAAUCGGGCAGAUUAGGUGUACCCAGGCCGGGUAAGAAACGCUCAAAUGGGGAUACAGCGUUAGGAAUCUCAUUCGAAGCUGCUACUAGUGAGAGAGGCAGCUCAGUAGAGAGCAGGAGGAGCGAGAGGAGCCCCACGAGCGUGAGCCCGGACGUGCGGUAUACGGAACGGAACGAUUAUUUUGGGGCAGAUGUAUGA